AUGUAUAAGGAGGUGGAAUUUAAGGAACCGAAAAAGUCGAUUCUCCGCACGAAAAGUCACGAAUCAAAACCGCUUGUUGAAUUAAAUGGCAUCGAAUCGGAAACGUCAGUGGUGGACUUGCGGAAUGCCACCGUGACUGGUGUCAGGAGCAGAGAUUUGCAGUUCGCGAAUCAGAAUAACCAAAAUCUGCGAUCUACCAAUUCACUGCGAUCACUGGACGGUAGAAGGGAUUCAGAACGAUCUCGAAGAAAUGUACUGUUCUUGGACGAAGUUUUGACUCGAAAAAAACAAGAACAGCAGCAACAACAACAGCACAUAGAUGAAGCUUCGCCAUCUUUCGGUUCUCCAUCCAGCCUUCGAACUGGCACCCCUAGUGGAGCACAACAGUGGUCCACGUUUGCUUCCUAUCCGGCCAGUUAUCAACCCAGCCCGGUAUUUUCCAAACGAGAUAUGGACAAUAAUGGAAUAGAACUAGUUAGUCGUAGUCCAUUGCCACGAAGUCGACUACUUUCCGAUGAAUCAUGGGAUAUGUGGUCAGUUGGAUCGUCCGGUAAAGAUCAUUCUCGAAACUUCUCACUAACAAGACAUCGAAAACAAAAAAAGCAAGGAUUCAUGGAAUUUAAUAGCGAUUCAUCAGGCAAUACGGUUAUGGGUACAACGGCAGUGAAUGGAUCCAGUUACGAUGCUCUACCCCGUUACGGAAGCUCGCGGGCCACCUUUGGAUCAUUAUCUGCUGCCUCCGGUCGUUCCACCAUAAACACGGUUCAGAAUGCGCCAGCAACUUCCCCCAUAGCUUCUAAUUCCAAUUGGACAAGUAGGAACGGGAAUAACACCGCCAAUUCUGGUGGAACCAACUCUCCUUCUUUGGCCACUGAAGAGCCUACAGUAAAACGGCCUGUCUAUCCAAGGUUGACUGAACCUCGACCGCAUCGACAAACUCUGCAGCGAUUACAUCAUACGAAAACAAUGAAUGCAUCCCUGUUACUCCGUCUUCUUUUUGGACUACAAGUGCUCGCACUACACGACAUUGAAAAUGCCAAAGGCGGUACUGCCAAUCAAAGUCAACGCGUUCCAGUGUGA